GUUUAUUUGAUACUUACCUUUUGUGUCUCUUACCCUCGUUCCAUUUUUUAAGUUUAGUUAUAAUUAUUAAUUACAUUCCAAAUUGUUCCAUAUUCAACAAUAUAAUCUUUGUUCAGUAUCAGUUUUGUUUAAUUGACCAUUUCAAACUAAGUAUAGUUUCCAAAAACCUGAAAUGGAGAUGCCUUUGCAAAGUUCCCAUUAUAACCCUUCUAGGGAAACUCUUGGACGCUAUUCUGAAUAUUUGUUACAUUCUAGUUACAAGAUACGAGCUGGUGAUGCAGCAUCUACCAAUUCAGUGGCAUGUACAACAAGAAUACCAUAUGCUACUUUAAUAGCUGCUCUUUUAUGUUGUACUGGUAUUGGAGUAUUUUGUUGUACAAUGUAUCGUGGUGUAACCCUUAGUGCAUUGAUGUUGGAUCAAGUGUUUCAUCUCUAUAUUGGCUGGCUUGAAACUGUAAAAACCGUUUUAGUUUUGAUAGCUGCAGGAAUGGGAGCUCUAACAUUAAUGAUUAUAUUUGUUGGAUUUCUGGCUACAGGAGCAACACGCCGUCGUAUUUAUAAGGCAUGGAGAAAUAGAGUUGGUGGUCGUAUAUCUUGUGCAGUUUUUAUGGGUAUUAUUUACGUACUUAAAUUUUUUUGGAUUUUUGUAUUUGGUUUACUAAUAGUUUCGACAUUUAUAUUGACCGUUUUUUGGAAAAUGUGUGUAAGCACCCAAGUUCAAGAUUAUCAUCAAUGCAUUGACUUAACACAAUUUAAUUUCUUAUUUCCACAAUCUACUCGUAUUGAAUAUUUAAAGAUAUGUGAAAUUCGAGAAAUAAAGUUCUUCUGCAGAGAUUUUGUUGAAAAAUCAGAAUUUAUGUUUAUGAUGGCAACUUUUGGAGUAAUUUUGAUAUUAAUAAGUCUGGUUCAUUAUCUGAUGUGUUUAUCUGCUAAUUAUGCUCAUAUCAGAGAUCAUGAAAAAUUUGAAGAACUUCAAGAAUUACAACUUUUGCAAGACACUGAUUUUGCUACUUCAAAAGAAAGAUUUUAAACAUUAAUUGACUAAUUGAAUAAGUAAAUUAAACUAAUCGCUUAAAUCAUUCCACAAUUUUUAAAAUAUGUGCUACAUUACAGGGUUUCUAAAUAUUGAUCUACCGUCCAGUUAAUCAUUCAUAGUUUUUAUAUAUUUUAUUAUGUACGCUUAGGGUUGUAUCUCAGACGAUGGCAAUAUUUUACUUUAUAAUUAUUAUAAAGAAUUUUUAUUUUGAUUACUUAUAUAUAAUUUUAGAAGUAUAUAUUUUUAGUUAUAAAGUUUUUUAAUUUGA